AACUACGAGCUGUUCUCAGAGGCAGUGGAGGCAGACACAGUGGAACAGUUUCUGAAGCUGGCAUGAGGAGGGGGAUAUGAAGUCACCCCCCCAACCUGUUGGAGCUCCAUCCAGUGUCUCUCUGCACCACUAACAGAGUCUAAUUGUUUUUUUAAUGCCACAAUGAAGAAUGCCAAAUAUAUUUAAUCAAAGAAGACAUCAUUCCCCUUUCUGCACAGUUCCUCUCUGAAUCAGUCUUAUUAUAAUCCUUUGUGUUUUGUUAGGAGCCUUCAUGUUCCCAUGUUGUGUGUCUGAUCACACAGGAAGCACAACGACUGUACAGUCUGUUUACUCCAGUUAUAAUACUUGACAUGAUGCAGGAAACUGUCCUGACUGGACCUGUAGAACAAACACAAAUAUUAUAAAACACGACACCUGUUCUGUAGAAACAACCACAACAAGUGUUUACAGUGUGUCUGACUGUCAACUUACAGACAGUUAAACCAUUUAAACAUUGUAAACAAGUAAAUUAGCUCAGUUUUUGAACAAAAUUACAUGAAAUGACUCUAACCUCAUCAUGUCUGUGGAGCCAGAAAACACAAUCUUUGACACGUCUCUUUACUCCUUUAAAAGACCAAAAUAUUUCAGUUUUCUGCCAACUCAUUUUUAAUUUUCACACUUGGUGCCAACAGAUCAUAACUGGAACAGCUGGCUGGUAGAAAGCAUUUAUCUGCCAUGUUUAAGACCACCUUCCUGACGGAGUUACAUCACUGACUGACCUGGUAGAAGACCGCUCAAAGAAGGAUUCAGACUGAGAAGUAGUGAACGUUUAUCAGAGCUGCAGCUUCUGCUGACAUUAGUGAAGUUAUUAAAUUAGUGAGUCUGCAGUGAAUCCUCAGUCUUAACAUGUUCACACUCACUGAUCUUACACCAUUUCAGGGAACACCUGAGGACAAUGAAGGCUUCAGUUUCAUGGGAGUGUUGAUGUUAGCAGAUAAAAGUUAAAGCAUGUCUCAGUGAAGAUGACUCACCUUCCUGUUAACACCUGUUAACACCUGUUAACACCUGUGGUUUGGGAUCUCUUGUGAUUUGCACACAUAUUGUGCGUUGUUUUGUUAGUCUGUGCUUGUAGCUGUUGUUGUUCACGAUGUUUAGACAUUCCAUUCUGAGCUCCUGCUUUGCUUUUGGACCAAUUUCCUUUGGCCAAAAUAAAGAGAAGAAAUAGAUUAAAUGCUGUUGUCUUCCAAGAAGAUUGUGAGAAGAGAUUUAUGGGUUAUGAAAAUAAAAAUAAUAAAAAUGUUGAAUCCA